UCUAGAUCCACCAAUCAGAACGCACGUUACAAACCAUUAAUUGGUUGUGUGCUUCCAAAUAGGGACAUAGGGAGUGUUGAUAUUUUGACUCAUUUUUGAUGAAAGUCAAGUUUUCGAAAUAGGUAUUAUACAGAAUGUUGCAGAGAUGCAUUUGAAUUCACCCACUUCAGACUGUGCAAUGGAUAUAUAGCCAAAGUUUGUGGAUAUACACAGUGGUCAAAAGGAAAGACAGUGUUUCAUUUUUUAUUUAAAUUUUAUCGCAUUGUGGAAAGUUUGUACUAAAAGUUUUUGAAGUGAAAAACUAUUCAGCAAUGGCUUAUCUUGGUGGUGCAGACCUUGUUGAUGGUUCGUGGGAGCUGAAUAUUCUUGUGACAGACUUGCAAGUAGAGCGAACACUUCGUGUCAAUGGGGAAUUACAUAUUGGAGGUGUCAUGGUUCGACUUGUCGAAGCAUUGGAUAUCGCAAUGGACUGGUCAGACCAUGCGUUAUGGUGGCCAGAAAAAACACGGUGGCUGAAGCGGUCACGCUCAACACUUGACCAGUAUGGUGUGCAGGCAGAUGCACGGCUUCACUUCACACCCAUGCACAAGAGCAUGCGGGUCCAGCUUCCUGACCUACAAAUAAUGGACAUGAGGGUUGACUACAGCUCUGACGUGUUCAAUGCAGUUAUGGGGCUGUGCAAGGAAUUAGGAAUCCGGCACCCAGAAGAACUUUCACUCAUGAAAAAAAUGGACAAAGACGAUCUAAAAAAGAACAUUAAAGAAAAGUUAAAUCAGAAGGAUAAAAAGAAGAAAAAAGACAAGUAUGAUGAGCAUAACCUAAGUGUGAAUGGUAAUGGAAGUAUUCUACAUAAUUCAAAUAACAGCCUAGACAGAACGAGUCCAUAUAACAGAAGUCCUAUGGGUCCUUCGCCUUCAAACACACUGCAACACAUGCCGGGUACCCCCGGGACGCCCGGGAGUCCGUACAACACACUGUCCCCAAACGGCAACCUGAGUAUGAUGAAUGGUACCCUCUCGCCCGGAUCUAUGUACAGCCUUUCCUUUGAGAGUGCGAUGGAAUCUGCCCUCGCACACAGUCCCCCGGUAUCGACGAAGGACGCCCUACAGUAUCUUGUCCGACCGAAGAGUUUUAUUGAGAAAGCAAGAAUAAAUUAUGCAUGGCUCGAUUCUUCCCGAUCGUUGAUGGAGCAAGGUGUAAGGGACGGGGACUUCUGCCUUCUGAAAUUCAAAUUCUACAACUUCUACGACCUCAGCCCUAAGUAUGAUGUAGUGCGUAUCAACCAGAUCUAUGAGCAGGCCAAGUGGUCCAUCAUCUCCGAGGAGCUUGACUGUACGGAGGAGGAGGCCAUGAUGUUUGGGGCACUACAGGUCCAAAUCCAGCUGCAGUCAGGCGGAGUAGGAGGGUCAGAUGUGAUUGAUGGAAGUCGGGAUGAGGGGCGUGAUGACAUUGAUGCCGCCCUCAGUAACCUGCAGGAGUCCCUAGAGGGCAGCUCCCUGGCCUCACCUGGUGAUAUCACCAAGGUCCCUGAGCUGGCUGACUAUGUCAAGUUCUUGAAACCUAAGAAGUUCACAUUGAAAAGCUACAAGCGGUACUGGUGCACGUUUCGGGACACCAAUGUGGCUUUCUACAGAUCACAAGAAGAUGCAAAUGGGACACCCAUCAACAGGAUCAACUUCAAAGGAUGUGAGGCCCAUCCAGAUGUUAACCUGCAUCACGGGAAAUACGGCAUCAAGCUGUAUAUCCCUGCUUCUGAGGGCAUGGAGGAGAUUUGGCUCAGAUUUGACGAUGAAGAGCAGUAUUGUAAAUGGAUGGCUGCUUGCAAGCUUGUGUCAAAAGGAAAGACAAUGGCCGAUGCCUCGUUCGACUCCGAGGUGCAGUCACUGCAGAAACUGCUGAGUAUGCAGAAAACUACGAGCAGUCCAGAGAAGAAAAUAGACACACCAAACCAGCUGGAUAUUAACUCGGAGGACUUUGUGUCACCCAGGCACUUCAAGAAAGUUAAAUCAAAACAGAUUGUCCAUCGCAUAAUGGAGGCCCACACAAAUGUGCGUGACAUGGGGUUGGUGGAUGCAAAACUGGCUUAUAUCCGCGCAUGGCAGGCUCUCCCAGAGUUUGGCGUCUCCUAUUUCAUUAUUAAGAUGAACGGCAGUAAGAAAGAGGAACUCAUUGGAAUUCAUCCUAACAAAGUGAUCCGAAUGGACCUUAACAGUGGGGAUUCGCUGAAGACCUGGAGAUAUGAUGGCCUGCGUUCAUGGCGUGUGAACUGGGAAGUGCGCGAAGUAAUCCUCGACUUUGAGGAGGGCAAAGUACAGUUUUCAUCUCUGAGUGCUGAUUGUAAAACAGUGCAUGAAUUCAUCGGGGGUUACAUUUUCUUGUCAAUGAGGUCGCAAGAUAAGAAUCAGUCACUGGACGUCGAAUUGUUUCAUAAGCUUACCGGUGGACGAUUGUAGGAUUGUAAAAAUAUUUAGAACAUCGUUAUGAGGGAAAGAGAAUUAACUGUGCCUGACUUUGCUUAUGUGGUGAUACGCACUUGACAAACACAAUGCCUCAUUAAGGGUUCCAACUUCCGUGUGUGCAAGUCAGUAAAGGGAGGAGUCAAGGAAAAAUGGCAUUUAUUUGUUGUUGUCCUGAAUAUAGUGCUUAUACAUUUAUUAUGUUUAUCACAUUUAACAGUUUACCUCUGAACCGUAACUUUCUGUAUAUAACUAUAUAAUUACUUCGGAAAACAGUUGGAUAUAACCUUAAAUACUGAUUGUAAAUUUUGAGAUUAUGAGAUUUAUUAACCGUAUUGAAAGCAGAUGGAUUUAAUUGAAUAACUGCUUGGAUACAUAUUGUUCAAAUUGUUUGAUAAAUAUUGUUCAUUUGACAAAGGUGCUUUUAUAACACGAGAAAGCUUGUUUAGUGAGUAGUAAUACAAAAUGGUGGAUUGUUUCAGUGUGGCAGUUUUUAGUCAGUUUUGACUGCAUUCAGUUAGCUCUGAAGAUGUUGUGGAAGUCAAGUUGAUAGACAAAGGACUUUAUGUGUUUAGCUUUUCUGUUUUGUGAAGAAAACAGGUUGAGGUCUUGUGUCACAGCCAAGGGUUUUUAAUGUUUCAUCAUCUUGGGUAUUAUCGUCGUGAGAAUUUAAAUAUUCACAUAAAACUGUGUACACAGGUCUACAAUGGCUGUUGCACGUAUGAAACAAGGCCCAUAACUCCUAAUAAUUUAAAAUUAUUGCGUUAUGCCUCUUAUUAAACUCAGAGAAAAAAUAGACCCGCAUUGACAUAUACUUGCAAAGAUCUUGUGUUUUCUAGUAUUUCUACACUCAUAAGUCACUAUACAGUUUUAUUGUAGUUUUACAUAUAAGUGUUACACAAUCAUACAAUACUAUACAUUUCUGUAAUACGGUCUUACUGUUGAUAUAAUUGGCUUUGUUUUUAGUCUUGUAUUUGGCAUGUAUACAUUUGUAUAUUUGAUAGAAUAUGGUUUUUCGAUUAGUGUGUAAAGAAAACAUGAACAUGUUUCUUCAUUUUAUAUUUUAACCAAGUAUUUAAUUGGUUACAUGUUUCAUAAACUUCGAGUGAUAUUAUAUAUUGAACUGAUGAGAAAAACACGUCAUACAUGUAUACAUGUAAUAUACUUGCAUUGUGCGUAAAAUAAUGUCUUUCAUUGACAUUUGGAGAUAAAUUAAUGAAAAGCAAACAGCCUUUAAAUGAGGGAGGCAAAUUUCACUCCUCGGCUCUUGUUUAAUUUUGGCGUUUGGAAAUUGGAUAUUUUAAUAUCUUAAACUGUUAUUCCAUGAAAACACUUGGUCCUGUCUUACCUUGGUGAUAGUGGUGUAAAUGUUGUCAUGCAAAAUGGGUACUUAGGCCAUUACUCCGGAAAUAUCACAGGAUAUUUGCUUAAUGUGUAUUUGUUCAAAGAUUGAUACACUUGUUUCAUCUGACAUUUAUCCAGGUUCAACAAGUCAGGUCACUCGGAAUCAACGGAUUUUUGGAGUUAUGUCCCAUGAGCAUUUUAGAAAAUGCUUUCUCAGCAAGUAGGCAGAUAUGUGUUGGUUUCCAAGUGGUUUUUGUUGAUAUUAGGAUGUAAUGAUUUGUUACAUGCAAAUGUUUUUGUGAAUGUAAAAGUCUUGACGAAACAGUGCUACAGGGUUAGGAUGUUAAGAUAAGAAUAUUGAACAAAUCUAGGCAAGGGGAACAACUGGUUAUACGUUCGGUUUAUGAUAGUGUUCGUCUUAAUGUGUUUAUCAAUCUAAAUGUUGUCAGGCCUGGCACAGGGCUUCAGAGGUACCACUUCGAUUUGAUAUAAUGCACACCAACAGACAUUAACCGGCUUAGUGUUUAAAAUUAUAUUAUGUCUACUGGUCCAGAUUGUUUAAAUUAAUAAAACCAACCAAUGUUCCUUGUCAAAAUGAACACUAAAAUAUAUCUGAAGGUAUUUCUGUUGCUUCAAGUCUGCAGGGGCUGUAUUCAAUAACCAAUAAGAUCAUACUUAAGAGUAGAAGCUAAGUGUUUUGAUUGGACUGUAAAAAUCAAUGGCCAGUCAACUGAAUGAACUCACUGAGGCAUAUCUUAAGGAUAAGAAUAAUAUUGGAUACUGCCCCUGGUAUUAUCACGGCAAAGUAGAAGAGCAGUCUGAUUUAAAAAAGGGAAGAGAAUGAGUACUUGACAAGAGCCAAAAUAUUAAACUUCUUUUUGGGGUUGAAAACAUGAUAAGUAAUAUAAACAUUAUUGUAUUUAUUCUGUUAUCGUUCUUUUCAUUUGAUUUUUUUAAAGAUAUUUUAUUAAAUACUUCAAGUGAACCAUAAAUUACAAAUGCCAUGUGUGAUUUCAAAGAUGAAUUGAUGUAUAAGAUACAUCCACUGUUGAUUCAGUAUAUGAUUUAUUUAAUUAUUGUUAUUAUUUGUGUGCAUGAGUUGUGGCCCUUUUUUCUCAAGUUUUAUUCAAUUUAAGACAAACAAGAAGUUAUAGGAUAAACAAGUUUAAAGUUAUGACUGAAAGAAGUUAAUGAUUUUUUUUUUAGUUCACAAAUAUCACAUGUAUUUUAUAGAAGACAAAUUGCUACUCUGAAUUCCAAUUUUAUUUUGAAAGUGAUUCUAUGAACAGGUUCUCCAAUUCACAAGGAAAGGACCACAACUUGUGCUCUGUAUUUAUUGUCAGGUUAAUUAUAAGUGCCUAUGUAUAGUUAUAUUGUGCCUUGUUUUUAAAUGUGUUUCAUUAUUUACUGUUUAAAACCGUAAUAAGUGUUCCCAACCUGUUGUUGUUAUAGGUAGACAAAUUUUCUAGGAGACGAUUCAAAUUUGUCAUUUUUUUUAUCAGUUUAGGUCGUUGUACUUUUUUUCUUUAAAGCUGCACUCUCACAAAUUGACCGUUUUGACUUUUAUUUUAUUUUUAGUCUCUGAAUCAGCUGAUUUGGGCAGCAAUGUCUUCAAUUCAGUCAUAUAAGAUCAUUCAUAAUAGAACAGAUCUUAAUUGUUUGGAAAACUGCCAAAAAAUCUUUUUUCUUAAAGCGUUAGUAAUGCUUUUCGCUAUAAAACACCAAUUUUGGAAUGUAAAUAUGAUCUUUUGUCAGAAGUCUUAUAUCUUUUGUCAGCAGUCUUAUACCACUGGUGUGCAGACAUUUAUGCACAAAAUUGGCUCAUUUAAAGACAAAAAAUAAGUUGUCAAAACGGUCAAUCUGUGAGAGUGCAGCUUUUAAUUCUUUACUUUGUUCUAGAAUACUAGUUUAAUUAACAUUUUAUAAAUCAUCAGAAAUGUUAUUCAUAGAUGAGGAAUUUUUGUAAGUUUCAUCAGAAAAAUACGUUACAUACCUGUAAUAUUACCAUGAGAAUGUAUUUGUGCAUUAUAAUGCCAGUUACAAAACCAUUGACUUUUAUUUGCAAUCAAUUAUUGACAGUAUACCUGCAUGUAUAUAAACGCUUUGUUGUCCACCAAUGUUGCCAUGAAUUAUAUAAUUCUGCUGAAUACUGGUAUCUUCCUGUAAAAUGCUGCAGUAAUUUCGCUAUCAAUUCUUUAUUCUGUGCAACUCAUUUUACCAUUAUACUGUAUUUAUAGAUCUCAUACUGUUAUCAUGUAACAAGUACUAUUGCAAAAUAAACUACAAAUAUUCA